CGGGCUCUGAGUUUUAAACCCAAAUAUAUCAGUUUCUAGAACCUUAGAAGUUGUUCUAGCAUUAGGAACGCCAAAACUAUUCUUAUUGCACAUUUCUUGCCUCAAAAAAAUUCCCGAGUGAAUCUAGGACUCAGGUUAUUUUUAGUGUUGCAUAUCUUUAUCAGUAAAUACUGCAUAUUGCGUUGAUGGAUUUUUGGAUUUUUAGUUUUGCGUAUCUCUAUCAAUAAGUACUGUAAUUAAGAUUGGUUAACGGAUACUGCAUUAUCUCAUUCAAGCACAGAAUGGAUCUCUUUUCUGUGUUCCAAGUUUGGUUUUACAGGAAUGCAUCCUAUCCUAAUGACGCAAGUCAUAUUGUACCUCUGUUGCCCAAAAAAUCUCACUCAUGCAACUAGGAUUCAUGCAACACGGGCACUAAGGACACUAAGUUGUGGCUUAAUUGAGUUGUUCAUUGGGGGAUGCAGUUGCGUAUAUGUUGAUUAUGAGGCUUUCAAAAGAAGGUGUUUUCAGAUGAAUGACCACAAAAAUCUUCCUGGGAACUUCCCGGGGUCUACACCCCAUGCCCCUUGCCGUUUCAAUUUCAUCUAUCGAAGGUUCUGUUAUGAUUAAGAUUAACCCUUGCCUUGAUGUGGCUUUGAAUAAAGUAGUGCUACGCUAUGAUGAUACAACUAACUCGAAGGUGGUGUGAAGUGACAAGAUUCCACAAAGUUCCUAUAAAUAUUGCAAAAUCAUAUUCCGUUGUUUAAUCAUGUGAAUCAUUUUUGACUUUUCUUUUCUAGACAAAUAUGGUUGUUGUUGCAAAUGUGGUUGUGGUUGUUGCAGCUCUGCAGCCUUGGCCAAAAGUGGCGGGGCAGAGUCAUUGCAAUGCUUAUGCUCAAGCAAUGUUGGAAUCACAAUAAAUUAUAAGAAAAGAAUUACUGGGAAUAAUGCGUACAAGGAACUUCAAAGAUCAGGAUAAAUCUACUCAAAGUAACUGCUAUCUUUCUGUUGUGCUGAUGGAACUUGUACUCUGGCCCUGAAGGCGGAAGUAUUAGCUGCCAGUCUAAAAGAUGCUCCGAUUCUGCGUUAAUAAAGUUCUGCUGGCGACGAAAUUGGCGUACUUUUUCUUUUUCUUCUCCUACUCCAGUGUUACGCCUUAUAUUGCUGUUUUUAUGUCUUCUAAUGGCCUAAAUGCAGAGCAGGCAGGAUACAUACUUGGUGCGCGGCUUUUUGCCCAGUUCUUAAGUGGACCAGUUUGGGGAGCAAUAGCUGACAAAACACGCAAGUACAAGCUUAUGUUGUUGCUUCAGAUUAUAGUGAGCACCAUGCUGCUGUUCUCUGCACCAUGGGUGCCUUUUAUGCUGCCAAAAGACGCAAUGAUGUCAAACCUAGGAGGAAGCAGUCCAACUUUAGACAAGAAUGUCACGGAAUCUACUUUCACAACUCUACCAUCACCAAAAGUUUAUUUCAGAGCCUCCCACUCCACCAGCAAGCCACUUCCGUUCUCCGGUUUCACUGCCUUUGUAAAUAGAAAAGUGGCUACUAGUAUUACAAAGAAUGUUAGCCAAGAGCUCGACGCAACCUUUACAACACCAAGUAAUUUAUCAACAACAAGAAGCAACAAAAACCCCUCAAGCAAUAACAAAACAAUCAAGUACAACACAGAGACUUUGUUUUAUGUCAUGGUAUCCGUGUUUACGCUUGUCGGAAUAUUUGACGGCGGCAUUCUUUUGCUUAUUGACAACUCGGUGAUCAACUCCCUGAAGGAGGCCCCGGGUUCCAAUUUCGGCAAGCAGCGUCUGUGGGGUGCGGUUGGUUUCGGCCUUGCAUCGCUGGCCUCUGGUGUGGGCAUCGAGUUAUCUGGAAAUGUUGGCCCCAACUAUUUUACAAUGUUUUACAUAUUUACCGGCAGUAACAUAUGCUUAAUGGUAGCAUGCUCCUUCUUGAAAAUGCCGAUCCAGCCCACUAUUAAAGAGGGUAAUGGCGCUUCUUUGGACCAGCAGCAAAAUGUUACAGUUCUAAACGGACUGGUCAGGGCGUUACGGAAGCCCAGUGUCUUAUUUUUCUUCACAACUGUCUUGAUGAUGGGAAUGGCUGAUAAUUUGCUGUAUUCUUUCAUGUUCUUGUACAUACAGGACUUAAACGGAUCGAAAAUUGUUAUGGGCCUCAGUGUGCUUGUCUCUUGCUGUGCAGAGGCGCUUAUCUUCCCAUUCACUAAUUCCAUUAUCAAACGCCUGCGAGGAAAUCUUCCUGCUAUUGCGCUUUCAUUUGGAGUGUAUUCAUUGAGAUACUUUGGUUUCUCUUUAGUACAGGACGCCUGGUAUAUCCUUCUUCUCCAGCUUCUUCACAGCGUCUGUUUUGCACUGUUCUGGGCAGCGGCUGUUUUCCACACUACCACUAUUGCCCCGAAAGGCAUGGAAGCAACCUUCUUAGGAAUCCAGAAUGGCAUUUUCUUUGGUAUUGCCGGGGGCACAGCGAGUAUUAUUGGGGGUAUUGUUUACAAGAAUUUUGGCGGUAGAAACCUAUUCAGAGGGUAUGCAGGCAUUUGUGCAACGUGGACCUUACUUCUGCUGCUUCAUAUCUUUGAGAGGAAGAAGAACGGAAAACUUCAUUGUGCUGAAGAUGAAGAAGCAAAUGAGAAUGUCAAAGAUAAGCAGGGAACAGAAGAUGAAAUGGAAGAACUGUCUCCUUCGAAGAGGUUGUUUUCUCAUGCAGAUGAAUAAGUACAUUGUUUCACUUAAGAGGUUGAUUAUUUACAAAUCUUUGCACUUUGGCUAUAAACUACAAAGUUGAAUAACUUAAUUCUGUGCUGUGUAUACACAAGUCAAUGGUAGGCAGCUCUAUUGUACAUGCUUAAGGUUUGAUCGAUAUGGACAACUCCCCACAAAGUCAAAGACGACUAUCAAUUGCAAUGAUUUGAAAAUAUAAUUUUUCAACCAUGUUUACGACUUUUAUUAAAAACUGAACACCAUUAGAAAUAGAUAACUUGAUAAAACAAGAUAAAAAAUUAAUUGUGUCAAUUUAUAAUAAAUUAGAAACAAUGGAUGCUGACUUGCAAUCACGGAAGUCUACUUAGUUUCACAUGUUUUUAGAAUGACUUGACGUCUGACGAGACCACUUUCUAAAAUUCAUGUAUAAUGAUGAUAUUGAUUGCAAUUUCGUAUAUUUUGUUCUCACCUAUGUGUUAUUAGAUUGGUUUUUCCCAUUAAAGUGAGGUAGCGUUGAACAUGUAUUAAGAACUGUAAUGCUUUAUAUCUGUUUGCUCAGGGAUUAUCAAAGGUAUUGUGCAUGAACAUAGUCAUGGUAGGACGGAUUUCUUUUAGCCAGUUUGCGCCGAAUGCUAUUUACCGCAUAUACUAGUGUUGUCUAUAGCUGUUCUUAUUUAAUUAAAUGUCUGUUUGCCAUGUUGAUAGAUAAUAAUUGAAUAUUGGACUAACAUUGACAAAGAAUAACAUAUAGAAUGCGUAGCCACUUUUUAUAGAAAUGCAGUUUUGCCACCUUGACGUUGUUGUGAUGAUUAUGUUAAUUUAUGAUACACUGCCGUAUUGAUUUGACGUCAUGUUGCAACGAAUCAUAAAAUCAGCUACUUUUGACCAUUA